AUGGUGGUGCCCGACAUGGAGCAGAUCUGCGAGAUCAUGCUGUUCAGCGAGGGCUUCGACACCGCCAAGGCCCUGGCAAAGAAGAUGACCGUGCUGUACAAGCUGGCCGCCGAGCAGCUGUCCAAGCAGCACCACUACGACUUUGGCCUGCGCGCCCUCAAGAGCGUGCUGGUCAUGGCGGGCGCCCUCAAGCGCGGCUCCCCGGGCAUGUCGGAGCAGCUCGUGCUGAUGCGGGCGCUGCGGGACAUGAACCUGCCCAAGUUUGUGUACGACGACGUGCCGCUCUUCCUGGGCUUGGUUGAGGACCUGUUCCCGGGGCUGGACUGCCCGCGGGUGCGCUACCCCCGUCUGAACGACGAGGUGGAGGCUGAGCUGGCGGCCGCAGGGUACCAGGUCCUGACGGCCCCUGGCAACCAGGUGGACAAGGUGGUGCAGCUGUAUGAGGUGAUGCUCACGCGCCACACCACGAUGGUGGUGGGCCAGACCGGCGGUGGCAAGAGCGUCAUCCUGCAGGCCCUGGCACGCGCGCAGGGGCGCCUGGGGCGCAAGACCACGCUGAGCGUGCUCAACCCCAAGGCCAUCAGCGUGUCUGAGCUGUACGGGGUGCUGGACAAGGACACGCGCGACUGGACAGACGGCCUGCUGGAGCUGAACAAGCCGCUGCCGCCGGAGAGGGAUGAGGCCCGCUACAUCGUUUUUGACGGCGACGUCGACGCGGUGUGGGUCGAGAACAUGAACAGCGUGAUGGACGACAACAAGCUGCUCACGCUGCCAAACGGCGAGCGCAUCCGCCUGGCGCCGCACGUCAAGCUGCUGUUCGAGGUGGCGGACCUGCAGUACGCGUCACCCGCCACCAUCAGCAGGUGCGGCAUGGUGUUUGUGGACAGCCGCAACCUUGGCUGGCGCCCCUUCCUCUGGCGCUGGCUCAACGGCCGCACCGCCCCCGGCGAGGCCGACGCGCUGCGGCCGCUCUUUGAAAAGUACGCGGCCCCCGGCAUCGACUGGGUGGUUGAGGGGCUUGACGGCGGCGACGUUGUCAAGAGGCCGGCCCAGAGCGUCCCGCUGACGGGCCUGAACCUGCUGGCGCAGCUGUGCGGCCUGCUGGACGCGACACUAGGGGGGGCGGGCGCAGGGGAGGGCGCGGAGGGCGGGGGCAAGGUGCUGGACCCGCAGGUGCUGGAGGGCCUGUUCAUCUUCUGCUGUGUGUGGUCCAUCGGCGCCUGCCUCGUGCAGCGCCCAGAGGCCAAAGAGCGCGAGCGGUUCGACGCCUUCAUCUGCAGCAUCGCUGCUAUGGGCACGAUCGACAGCGACAGGGUAUCUCCCGGGCAGCUGCCAUCUCGCUCGCUGUACGAGUACUGCUUCGACGCCAAGGACGGCUGCUGGCGCUCCUGGAAGAGUCAGGUUGGACCUUACGUCCCCCCGGCGGACGGCGCGUUUUCCAAGAUACUCGUCCCCACGGUGGACACCGUCAGGUCCACCUGGCUGCUCAAGACCGUCGCCGGCGCCGGCCGCCCCUGCCUGUUUGUGGGCGACAGCGGCACCGCCAAGAGCGUCACCAUCUCGGCCUUCCUGGCCGGCCUGGACCAGUUCUGGCCCGCCACGUCGCGCACGCUGGGGUUCAGCAGCAGGACCAGCAGUACGGACGUGCAGCGCGCCAUCGAGGACUGCGUGGAGAAGCGCACCAAGGACACGUACGGGCCCCCCGUGGGCAAGCGCCUGGUGCUGUUCAUCGACGACCUCAACAUGCCGCGCGUGGACGCGUACGGCACGCAGCAGCCCAUUGCGCUGCUGCGGCAGGUGGUGGAGCGGCGCGGCAUGUACGACCGCGGCAAGGAGCUGGGGUGGAAGAACCUCAAGGACGUGCAGGUGGUGGGCGCCAUGGGGCCGCCCGGCGGCGCGCGCAACAGCGUGGACCCCCGCUUCAUCAGCCUGUUCAGCGUGUUUGAGAUCGCGACGCCCUCCAACGACAACCUGAGGGCCAUCUACCAGACCAUCCUCGCCGGCCACCUGGCACGCAUGCCAGAUGCAGUUCGUGAAGGCCUCGGCGAUGGCGGCGGCCUGACAGACGCGACCCUGGAGCUCUUCUCGCACGUGGUGGAGCGCCUGCCGCCCACGCCCAGCCGCUUCCACUACGUCUUCAACCUGAGGGACCUCAGCCGGGUGUAUGAGGGCCUGCUGCGCGCCACGCCCGCCAAGUGA